GCCAGGCCCUGCAACCCAAACAGACCGGCAGGAUGCUCGCGCUCCGCUCCUUGCUGCCACACCUAGGGCUGCUCCUGUGCCUGGCUCUGCACUUUUCCCCUUCCCUGUCUGCCAGUGAUAAUGGGUCCUGCGUGGUCUUUGAUGAAGUCUACGACUCCAACAACUUGGGAAUCAACACUACGGCUGAGGUCUCUGGUGGGAAUACAGUCUACACAGUGAUGGUCCCUGUGAAUGAUUCAGUCAGUGCCGUGAUCCUGAAAGCACUGAAGGAGAACAGCCCAGUGGGUACCUGGAAUGGAGCAGAUCAGAACUGCAACGACAGCAGUGUCUAUAACUUGACGUCCCUAAGCGGCCAGGUCUUCCAAGCAACCUGGACAGUUCCUAAUUCUGAGGAUGUGACUAAAGUCAACCUGCAGGUCUUCAUUGUCAUCAAUCGCACGGCUGUAAAGUCAUCUGUGAAAGUGGAGCAAGUAAACUCUUCAAUCUUGACCCCCACUCCUGAGAGUUUUGAGACCAGCCAGACCAUGACUACAGCCAAGACUACAGCCAAGACUACAGCUGAGAACACAGCCAAUACCACAGCCGUGAGCACAGCCAAGACCACAGCCAGAAGCCUGGCCAUCCGUACUCUCAGCAGCCCCCUGGCAGGUGCCCUCCAUAUCCUGCUUGUUUUUCUCGUUAGUAAACUCCUCUUCUAAAGGAAACUGGGCAAGCAAGUCUCCAACCUCCAGGGCAUCCUCCUGAGCUCAUUUCAGGCCAGUGUUUAAAUGUACAUGAAUGAAGGUUUUAUGUCCUCAGUAUGCAACUCAACCACCUCGGACCACAGACCUGUGACACUAGUGCAUUUGAGGGACACAAACAUUUGCCUGGAUCUUUCAGGAUACUAAUUCUGCUUUUUGUAAAUACUUAGUCCAUCCUGCUUGUAACCUGAAGUUCUGACUCUCAGUUUAACAUGUUGACAGCCAAUCUGAACUUGUGUUUCUUGCCAAAGUAUUCCCAUGAGCCUCCUGGGUUUGGGGGUGGGGAGGGGAAUAUCCUUCUUUUCUUUCAAGCUGACUUCAGAUUUCUGGCCAAACCUACUCAGGUUACAAAGGACUUAUGUGACUUAUGUGACUGAAGGAAAAAGAGAAAUGAGUGAUAGUCCUGUGGCUACUAGCAAAUUCCCACUGUGUCCAGACCAGUCAAUAGGUUUUGAAGAGAGAAAGUAUAUGAAAAUUAUGCCUCAGAGGCCAAUGACAGGACACAUGACUUUUUUUCCUAAGUCAAAUAAACUAUAUAUUGAACAAGAAUGCCAAAUGUGCUGAAUUGAAAGAUAAGCCUUAAUAAGUGAUAAAAUACAAAGUGUUACCUUUGUUUUUAGAACUAUGAAUGAAUUUGUGUGUGUGUGUGUGUGUGUGUGUGUGUGUGUGUGUGUUUUCAAGGACAGAUACAAGAUUAAUUUAUCUCAGCUUUGUUUUGUCCAGUCAUAGCUGGUCAUUUCUUCCUUGAUGAUAAGUUCCACUAAGAAAAUGGGCCAAAAAAAAAAAACCCAAAAUACUUGUAAUACGUAUAGUACAACAUGAAACCAAAAAAAAAACUUAUUUCCAACAAUAAGUCUGUAAUAAGAAAUAAAAGUUUUCCUUUAAUAAUUCUUCUUCUAUACCAUCUAGGCCACCUACCCAGGAAUAAGCACCCCUCACAUCAAUCAUUAACCAAGAAAAUGUUCCCCGGUUUAAGUUCUCUCUUCCCAGAUGACCCUGGCCUGUGUCAAGCUGACCAAAGUCUGACCACCGCACAGUGUUCAGAAGUUCC